GCGCCCCCCGCCGCCGGGCCAUGGACGGGCAACGGCCGCCGGCCGCGUUGCUGUGCGACAGCCUCCUCCUCUGGUUGCAGACGUUCAACACCACGGCGCCUUGUCGAGACGUCCAGGAGUUGACUAAUGGCGUCGCCAUGGCCCAAGUUCUCCAUCAAAUAGAUGCGGCUUGGUUCGAUGAGCCUUGGUUAGGUCGAAUUAAAGAAGACGUCAGCGACAAUCGGAGAAUAAAGAGUAGCAAUCUGAAGAAGAUUCUGCAGCAAAUUAUGAGUUACUACCAUGAGUAUUUGGGUCAGCAGAUUUCGGAAGAACUCGUUCCCGAUUUGAGCCAGAUAACCGACCAUUCCGACCCGACGGAGCUAGGCCGGCUACUGCAGCUUAUCCUGGGCUGCGCGGUCCACUGUGAAAAGAAACAAGAACACAUUCAGAACAUAAUGACCUUCGAGGAAUCCGUUCAACAUGUCAUCAUGACAGCCAUACAAGAGCUGAUGAGUAAAGAAACGCUGGGCUCCGCUGCCUCCACUCACGGCCCCGGAGAUUUGGAGCAACAGCUCCGGAUGGCUUUGGAAGACCUUCAGGAGGCCCUGGCCGAAAAAGAAGAACUGAAGCAGAGAUGCCAGGAACUGGACGUGCAGGUAACCGCGCUUCAAGACGAAAAGAACACACUGCUCUCUGAGAACGAGCUGAUGAAUGAAAGGCUCGACCAGCUGGACAACCCCUUCGACGAUCCCGGCACCGUGGUGGCCAAAAAAUACCUUCAAGCUCAGUUACAGGUAGAGCAGUUACAAGAAGAAAACUUCAGACUGGAAGCCGCUAAGGAUGACUAUCGUCUUCACUGCGAAGAUCUGGAGAAACAGCUCAUCGAGUUCCAGCAUCGGAAUGACGAACUGACCAGCUUCGCCGAAGAAACGAGGGCCCUGAAGGAUGAAAUCGACGUUCUUAGGCUGAGUUCGGACAAGGCCGGCAAGCUGGAGGCGACGGUGGAAGUGUACCGCAAGAAGCUGCAGGAUCUGCAGGACCUGCGACGGCAGGUGAAGACCCUACAAGACACCAACAUGCUGUACAUGCAGAACAUGGUCAGCCUGGAGGAGGAGCUGAAGAAGGCCAACGCCGCCCGCGCCCAACUGGAAACGCACAAAAGGCAGAUCCAGGACCUUCACGCCAAGCUCACCGGCGAGUCCAAGAGGGCCGACACGUUGGCGUUCGAGAUGAAGCGACUCGAAGAGAAGCACGAAGCCUUGCUCAAAGAGAAAGAGAGGCUGAUCACCCAGCGGGACACCCUGAAGGAGACAAACGAGGAGCUCCGCUGUUCGCAGAUGCAGCAGAAUCAUCUGAACCUGGCGGGGGCGUCUGCUGCAGGGAGCCACGGGAACCUCGCCGCCGAGAUGAUGCCAGUCGAGUGCAGGGAGCUGUUCAUCCGGCUGCAGCACGAGAACAAGAUGCUGCGGCUGCAGCAGGAGGGCUCCGAGAAUGAGCGCAUCGCCCAGCUCCAAGAGGAGCUCGAGGAAAAGCAGCGCAAGACCAACCGGCUGGAAACGGAACAGAGGCUGAGCGAGGAACACAUCGGCGAGCUCCAGCGCCAAGUGGAGGACCUCCAGAACGCCCUGCAAGAUCAAGGAGCCAAGGCCGAGAGCGAAGGGUCCAGCAAACUAAAGCAGAAAUUAGAAGCUCACAUGGAGAAACUGACCGAGGUCCAGGAGGAAUUACAGAAAAAGCAGGCGCUCAUCGAAGAUCUGCAGCCCGAAGGACAGCACAAUGCCCAAAAGAUGGAGGAAUUGGAAGCAGCUCUCCAGAAGAAAGACGAGGACAUGAAAGCAAUGGAGGAGAGAUACAAAAUGUACCUGGAGAAAGCCAGAAACGUGAUCAAAGCCCUGGACCCGAAACUCAACCCAGCGUCGGCAGAAAUCCUGCUCCUCAGGAAGCAACUGGCCGACAAAGACCGAAGGAUCGAAAUAUUGGAGGGUGAAUGUAAAGUUGCAAAAUUUCGUGAUUAUGAAGAAAAACUUAUCGUGUCUGCGUGGUAUAAUAAGAGUCUCGCCAUCCAAAAGUUGGGCAUGGAAUCCAGACUGAUCGGCACCGGCACGGGCCCCCCGGCCCGCUCUUUCUUAGCUCAGCAACGCCACAUCACCAACACGAGGAAGAAUCACCCCGGCCCGGGCCCGGGCCCCGCGGCCUCCUCGGAUUAAACCGCCGAAGGGCCGCCGCCGAUUCCCAAGUGCCCUUACAGAUUCGGCAGCUUCCGGGUCCAAGGGGAAGUUGGGACGCCGGACGUCCGAUCCUUUCCCGGAUCAAAAAACGAGGAAACGAAUCCGGUCGGACGUUUUGUAAUACACAGUAAAGGACCUGCAAGGAAGCAAAUUCCCAUCGUCGAAAUGCGUCCGAAAGCCCACCUCCCCGAGGAGGACGGGUAUCACCCGGAGGGCGUUCUCCGGCCGUGCUGUUUGGCUUUUGAGAUUUCGAUGACUUCCCCUCGUUCUGCCGUCGCGUAGCGACAGCGGUGAUAUUCCGUUGGCCCCGUAGAUGCGGUUGGGGUGAAAAUCCACGCUGCUCCAGCGUCCCUCUGGGUCCCCUUUCCACCUGACCUUCCCUCAGACUUUUUGCAGGAGGCAGGGAUUGCUUCAAGGCCAAGCAGCAAUUUGAGCAGGAGUUGCUUAGUGAGCAAAAAAUCCCGGGUCCCUUCCCCACCCCACAACCCUCUACCACACUAGUCCAUCUGUGGCAUCGUAUUCUCGGCCGGUCCCGGUUCAAUCCGCAGAAUCAUGUCAGAGUAAACGUUCUCCCUAAGCUGCCUUUCCUUGGGCGACAAGGCAGUUGGCCUUUAGGUGUUGAAAAUGACCGGAUUCCUUUGGGGAAAGGCCAACUGGGAAAUCUAAUCAGAUCCAAGGCAGUCACCAAAAACCGAAGGCCCGUCGUGAGGGUAAACCGGUCUAGGACGUUAACAGUGAGGAAGAGGUUGGAAACCACCUAGGUUUUUUUCCCGUUUCUGUGUUAAUGUACCGACCCGGUGGUUCGCCGGAGCCGAAGGUCCGUUUACCGGGAAGUCGCUAAGCUUUAGCCGGAGGUGUGCUCUGGGGAAUCGGUGUGUAGUUUUAAGGAGCAAAAAUCGUUUUCUACUUGAUUUAAGAUCGUCUAGAUUUUGUUUUUAUCCCAGGAAAAUGAAUUGAGUAGAGCGGGAAGGCCUGUUUCUCCCAGUCCACAAUGUUUCUCUUUCUUGUUUUCUGACAUCGGAUUCUCAUCUAAAGUCUUCUCCAUCUUUUAGGCUCUGUGGGGUCUUCUGCCCGUCUUCUGCUUGACGUGGAUAACUUCUCUUAUCUGUUCUGAGCCCCUAGUAUUGAUGAAAGACCCCUAAUUCAACAAAGGGCAGUCAGGCAGAACCCGUCUUUAUUGGUAAGGCCAGAGUUUGGGUUCCAUUGACAGUAUUAAUCAAGCGAACAUCCGGUUGUGGAUGCCCAGACGGCAGGUAAACGCACGCAUCCUUUGAAAAGAUUUUUGUUCCGUCGGCUUCUCUCCCGCAGGGCAACCUUUGAACUUCUGACGAUUCUACCUCUUAGGUCUCGGUUAUUUAUAUUCCCGAGCGACGAGACCGUCGGUUGGCGUUUUCUGUCUCGGUUAAAAACCUGGCUUGCCAAAGCCUCCUCCGGAAACGAACGGCUUUUUCGCACAGACCUCGAAAUGCCGUUUUCCAAGCGUGCUGGAAUCUUCUAGUUAGCAGGCAGAGAGAGGACGGCAUGGGUGGGAGGCGUUUUGGUUAUGAAGACGUUGAGGCCCCUUUUUAGAGAUGUGGGUCUCGGAGCAUCCGUUCCCACGGACUGCUCACAUUUCUCGGAAGGAGGCUCCGAGCGUGAUAAGCCAUCGGGUGGUAGCCUCCUCCACAGGUGAGUCCCUCACGGAAGCUUCCGGAAGGCCCGCCCGGAGACCACAGUCCCUGAGCGAGAAAUCUGGGCCGGUCUCGUCAGCGUGGCGCAGGUGAUGGGCCAGGGACGGUCCGUCGGAUGGAUCCAUUUUACGGGGAAAGGCCUGUUGGCGUCAGACUAUCGGAGCGCCUGG